AUGACUGGCAUCAAGAUCAAGAGCAUGGCAACUCAGGAAUGGGACAAGGCCUUGAGGAGCUACAGCAUUGGAGCUAUCAACUGCAAUCCUUCCACCUAUGCUGCCCAGUACAGCUGGUGGAUUGGCAAGAGACUGAGGAUUCCCCCUGGGACCAGGAGAGAGACUGCCAGUGCCUUCUAUCAGCUGAAGCUUGGCCAUGGAUACAACAAGGCCUACCU